UGGAACAGCUGAUUUUGUCUUCUCACGAGGAACAGACACUUGUUGAAUCCACUCCAACUGGAACUGGAACUACUCGGCAGUUGUAAUCCUGAAUUCCAGAUCCACCCCGCCAUCCCCAAUCCCUCAUCGGAGAGGAUUCAUAGCUAGUAGGUCACUCGUCGAUCGCUUCCUUCCUGCUGCGCCGUCUUGUGUCGUUCCAGGUACGAAUGCUCGGCUCACAUCGCUCGGGCUAACGGGCUAGAGUUCCGCCGCGUCUUGGUCGUUGGGAUCAAGGAUCCAUCUCUAAUCACUUCCUCCCAUCAUCGAUCUUCGAUCGCUUCCUGCCCUUCUUCCACCCCUGCAGGAUCGAUCCGGGUAUCAUCCUCUUGACCUCGAUUGGGGGAAGAAGGGAGGGAGGUUUUGAAGUUGGAUUCGAGGGCUGCGGCGACGACGAGAUUGAAGAGCACGGGGCCGCGGCUCUGAGGGGCUUCGUUAAAUGGCGAGGGGUCCGGGCGGAGGGCAUUGAGGGUGCUCGGAGGAGCGAAGGUGGCGACGAGGUUGGAUAACCCAACGGAUAUGUGUUUGUAACAGUUCAUUUUGAGGAAAUCGGUACCCUUGUGUGACCAUUAUGGCAUUAGCUUAUGCCAGUGCUGUGGUUCCUCCCUCCAACCGUUCAUAUAAAGCUUGGGAGGAUCCGUCAUUCUUCAAGUGGAGAAAGCGGGACGCGCAUGUGCCAUUGCGCUCACAGGAUACGCUGGAAGGAGCCCUGAGGUAUUGGCAUGAACGAAGGAAUGUGAACUAUCUCAAUGCUGACACUGCUGUAUGGAAUGAUGAUGCGGUUCGCGGUGCUUUAGAAAGCGCUGCUCUUUGGUCCAAGGGCUUACCGUACACAAAAUCUCUAAGUGGGUACUGGAAAUUUCUUCUGGCUCCUUCAGCAGAAAGUGUUCCCGAGAAAUUCUUUGAUGCUCAUUUUGAUGACUCAAACUGGGAGGCUUUGCCAGUACCCUCCAAUUGGCAAAUGCAUGGGUUUGACCGUCCAAUCUACACAAAUACCACGUAUCCUUUCCCAAUAAAUCCACCAUUUGUGUCCACUGAUAAUCCCACCGGUUGUUACAGGACAGUUUUUCACAUCCCAAAAGAGUGGAAAGGUCGGAGGAUCUUGCUGCACUUUGAAGCUGUUGAUUCUGCUUUUUUCGCUUGGGUAAAUGGGGUGCCGAUUGGGUACAGCCAGGACAGCAGGCUUCCUGCUGAGUUUGAAGUUACUGAUUGCUGCCAUCCUUGUGAUUCAGACAAGGAAAAUGUUCUUGCUGUUCAAGUUAUGAGGUGGAGUGAUGGCUCUUAUCUAGAAGAUCAAGACCACUGGUGGUUAUCUGGUAUUCACAGGGAUGUUCUACUACUAUCAAAGCCACAGAUUUUUAUUACAGAUUACUUUUUCAAAGCAACCAUGGAUGAGAAUUUCAGUUUAGCUGAUAUCGAGGUUGAGGUGGAAAUUGAUUCACACAAGCAAGACCGGGAGCAUGUUUCAACUUUGUCUAUUGAAGCCACACUUUAUGAUAAUUCUGGACCAUCUAUCAGUUUAGAUGGUGAUCUUUCAUUUGCUAAUGUGGUUAAUUUGAAACCGAAGCCAAAAACAAGUCGAGGCCCUUGUCUUGGUUUUCAUGGUUACGUUCUUGGUGGAAAAAUAGAAAAUCCAAAACUUUGGUCUAGUGAACAUCCCAACUUAUACACACUUGUUGUUCUCCUUAAAGAUGCCAAUGGGAAGCUUAUUGAGUGUGAAUCAUGCCAAGUGGGCAUUCGCAAUGUGGUCCGUGCACACAAGCAAAUGCUUGUCAAUGGAUGUCCUGUUGUACUAAGAGGUGUCAACAGACAUGAGCACCAUCCACGCCUUGGGAAGACAAAUAUAGAAGCAUGCAUGAUCAAGGAUCUGAUUUUGAUGAGGCAAAACAAUAUUAACGCUGUAAGAAAUAGUCAUUAUCCCCAGCAUUCGAGGUGGUAUGAGUUAUGUGACAUUUUUGGUCUUUACGUAAUCGAUGAAGCCAACAUCGAGACACAUGGCUUUGAUGAAAAUAGCCAUUUCAAACAUCCUACACUAGAACCUAUAUGGGCAAAUGCAAUGCUUGAUCGUGUUGUUGGCAUGGUGGAGAGAGAUAAGAAUCAUGCAUGCAUUAUUGUAUGGUCCCUGGGAAAUGAAUCUUCAUAUGGUCCCAAUCAUGCUUCCAUGUCUGGGUGGAUUCGUGAAAGGGACCCGACAAGGCUCCUCCAUUAUGAAGGAGGUGGUUCCAGAACAUCAUCCACAGAUAUUGUAUGCCCCAUGUAUAUGCGUGUCUGGGAUAUUAUUAAGAUAGCAAAAGACCCAUCUGAAACAAGGCCCUUAAUUCUCUGCGAAUAUUCGCAUGCUAUGGGAAACAGUAACGGAAAUAUUGAUGCAUAUUGGAUGGCCAUAGACAACACUUUUGGGCUCCAAGGAGGUUUCAUAUGGGACUGGGUUGAUCAGGGUUUACUAAAGGAGGAUUCAGAUGGAUCCAAAUUUUGGGCAUAUGGUGGCGACUUUGGAGAUACUCCUAAUGACCUAAACUUUUGCCUCAAUGGCAUUGUGUGGCCUGAUCGGACAAUUCACCCAGCUGUUCAUGAAGUUAAAUACCUUUACCAGCCUAUCAAAAUAUCAUCAGCAGAUAACAUGCUUAAGAUUGAAAAUGGACACUUUUUCGAUACAACAGAAGCUUUGGACUUCAGUUGGGUUCUUCAAGGAGAUGGUUGCAUCUUGGGCUCUGGUUCGCUGAAUGUUCCAACUUUAGCACCGCAGACUAGUCACCUUAUCAACAUGGAAUCGUCACCUUGGUUUGCUCUUUGGAGUACUUGUGCAGUCAAAGAAGUAUUUUUGUCUGUAAAUGUGAAACAGAGGUACCAUACGCGAUGGGCUAAAGAUGGUCAUCUCUUGGCUUCAGCACAACUUUGUUUACCUCAGAAAAAUGGCUUUGUUCCCCAUGCAGUAGCAUUCUCCAGUAGCCCUCUGGUCUGUGAACGCACUGGUGAUAGUGUAAUAAUCAGCAAGAAUGAUGCCUGGAAAAUCAAAGUGAACAGUCAACUGGGAACAAUAGACAGUUGGAAGGUCAGCAAUGUUGAGCUUAUGAGCAAGGGGAUAUUCCCAUGCUUUUGGCGCGCACCAACUGACAACGACAAAGGAGGUUUCUACACCAAGCCCUAUGUUUCGCAAUGGAGAGAAGCCUCCCUCGAUAACGUCUCGUUCUACAGCAGCCAGUUUUCCGUGAAGGAAUUGCCCGACAACACUGUGGAGCUUUCCACUGUCUACUAUGGUCUUCCUGGGAACUUACCCAAGCCCGACGAUGCUGCUCUUUCACAAGCUCCCGAGUCUACUCUUUUCCAGGUGAACAUGCUCUGCCGGAUCUACGAGUCAGGCGACGUGGUUCUUGAGUAUGAGGUAAACCCCAAGGCCGAUCUCCCUCCCCUUCCCCGGGUCGGUGUCGUGUUCAACGCAGAGAAAUCCCUGAGCCACGUCAUGUGGUACGGGAGGGGCCCGUUCGAGUGCUACCCCGACCGCAAGGCUGCGGCGCACGUCGGCGUGUACGAGAGCAGCGUGGAGGACCUUCACGUGCCGUACAUCGUCCCGGGCGAGUGCGGCGGCCGGGCGGACGUCAGGUGGGUGGCGCUCCGGAACGCCGACGGCUUGGGCCUCCAAGCGUCGGUCCAUGGCGAGUCCCCGCCGAUGCAGAUGAGCGCGAGCUACUACGGCACCGAGGAGCUCGACCGGGCGACCCAUGUCCACAAGCUGGUGAAGGGGGAUGACAUCGAGGUGCAUCUUGACCACAGGCACAUGGGGUUGGGCGGGGACGAUAGCUGGACGCCGUGCGUGCACGAGCAGUACCUGCUGCCGCCGACCCGCUACGCCUUCUCCAUGCGGCUCUGCCCCCUGCUGCCAUCGUCGUCGUGCCAUGACAUCUACAAGUCCCAGCUCCCCUAGUGACGAAUGACGAUAUGAUGUGAUGUGUGCCGGACAGCCGAGGCCGGAGGCACGUCAGCACGUGAGAGGGCAAUGGAAUGGAACCAAGUGAAAUAAUUAGGAAAUGAUGCAGAGACGCCUUCCGCUCCUGCAGUGGCCAGGAUGUUGGGCUGGCCGACUUUUUUAUUUUAUUUUUUUUGCCCUUUUUAUAAAAGAUUCUUACAAAUACGCUCCAAGUGGAACCAUUUCAAAAUCUGGACCCUUAGCUUGGUGCCAUCCACGUUGGUGUCAAGCUUACACGUAUCGGCGCCAACCUUCCUGGCGUCAAGGUCCACGCAGCUGCGUAUGGACCUUGACGCCAGCUAUCGUGGCGCCAAGCUUGCCGCCGUGGAUUUUGGCAACAAGCUUGGCACCGUAGAUCUUAGCAUCGAGCAGUUAUCCUGUACCUCUUGGCAAAAACGAAAUAAGUAUAUAAUUAUUUCGAGGAGUAUACAACAAACCACAUUAUGGUUCAGUUA